AUGACUUCAAGAGUUUUAACGAUUGGAGGUAUUGAUCUAAAAGGAAAGAUUGGUAUUCUGGCGGAUAUCAAAGUACUCUCUGCCUUCCAAGUAGAAGCCUCAUCCAUAAUUACAUCCUCUUGCUCUUACAAACUACCAUCAAGCAUUAUUAGCAAACAACUAAACCAACUCCUUACGGAAGGAAGAAGCUUGAAGCCCACUGUUAUCAGAAUCGGUAUAAUUCCGACUUCAAGGGACUUUAUAACAGAAAUUGCUGCUGCACUAAGAAAUGCUACCGAGUACAAGCUUGUAGUCGAUACUGCUACCAUUUCUUUACCAAAGGCUGACCAAAAUACUAUCAAAAUUUUCAGAAAUUACCUGUUACCUAUGGCAACUAUACAUAUAUCUACUGUAGACGAAGCUCAAAAAUUACUAGGCAAAGCGUCUGACUCUAUUAGGACGCAGACCGAACUACAUGAAUUAGCUAAGGGUAUAGCAGAAUUCGGUGCUAGAUAUGUGUUGGUUAAAGGAACCAACAUGAACCCUGCAGCAAUAACAGACGCAAAUGUCAAUGGUGUCGCAGUGCUGUAUGAUUCGAUAUCAGGCGACUGUUAUGAAUUUACUCAUCAUUAUGCUAACAAAGAAACUAUUCCAAUUUUGUAUAAUGCUCUCUCUGCUGCAAUAGCUGCAGGACUUGUUAAGACGACUUCUGUUUACGAUGCUUGCGAGGAUGCCAUGUACUACAUCAAUAAAGCUGUAAGAAAAAACACAGAUAUUGUCAACCUUCUACAUCCAUUGAAGACUCCUUGGAAUGGACCAUUACUCAAGGCUGUUAAAGCUAAUCUUCCCAUCGGCCUGUGGGACAAGUAUGUCAAUCAUCCAUUCGUUCGCGGUAUGGCUAAGGGUACAUUGGAAAAAGAAGCCUUUAUUUAUUUUCUCAAACAGGAUUUUCUUUAUCUGCAAAAUGCCGCUCGUGCAGCCGCCUUAGCGGUCAAUAAGUAUGACUCAAUGGACUCUAUUCAAAAAGCCGUUCGAGGAAUUUAUUCUCUUACUGAUGAGGUCCAAUAUGUUCAUUUGCAAUAUUGUGCCAAAUGGGGUAUUUCGAAGGAGGAAGUUUUGAGUACUCAAGAAAGUGUAUAUAAUAUCGCCUAUACUCGCUUUUUAAUGGAUAAAGCUGCUUCAGGUGACUUGUUAGAUGCAAAAAUGGCUUUUGCUCCUUGUAUGCUUGGAUAUCAUGAAAUCGCUCUCCAACUGCUUAACGAUCCCGCUACAAAGAGAGAUGGCAAUCCUUAUUGGGACUGGAUCUCUCAAUAUGCCUCAGACCAAAGUAAAAAGAGCUAUGCUCAAGGUGUUGCUGAGCUCGAGGAGUUAGCUGAAAAGUAUAUCGGCUCUAUCGAACGCUUCAAUGAAGUUUGUAAAAUAUUCGAGCAGGCUACUAAGUUAGAAAUCAUGUUCUGGGAACAAUACAAUCAUCGUGCGGAAGACGAACUAUAGCUCAUAUCAUUUUGGAAAGCUGAUUUUAAAUAAAUGUAUCUCUUUCUAGUAACUUCCCAACUAUAGUGUAGGAUGCAUUUGUAGUAUUAAUUGUUAAUUCUAUGAAUCAAUGCAAACUAUCAAAGGUGAACGAAUCCAGAAUAAACAGCUGGAUUAUUCUACCAAUGAAGAGGUACGUCUUU